CACAAUUGACAGAACACAUGUUAGUUUUCAUUGUGAACCAAAAAUAAAUUGAUAGCAAGCUCUCUUCAUUCCGCUCAGAUUUCAGUCCACCGCCUUAUUCUUUCUCGAUUGGAGAUUCACCGUGACAAAGAGCUUUCUUCUCGGUGUCUCAAGUGUCGGAUUAUGGGGGCGGUUGUUUGUAAGUAACCGGCUCUCGUGGACAAGUGUCUGACAUGAGGACUCGAUAGUUUUCUAUUGUUCCACUACAUUUGUUGCGGAAAGUUGAAGUCUUGUUCACGGCUCUUGACCUUAUGGUGAAUUUUGGCUAUCUCCGAUCAUCUUCUCGAACGGGUAAGAAAGCUAUGUGUAUCAAAUUUUCUCAUUCAAUGAUGAGGAACGUGAAAGCUGAUUGCGUUGGGGGGGGGGGGGGGGGGGAAGCGAAACAACAUUGCUUGCUGAAUAAAUUAAAAAAACUUGUUUGGUCUCUUAACUAUUAUAACAUAGGUAACUUGUACGUCAAUUAUUAUGAAUGAGAUCGUGUUAUUGUAAAAACUAAAAAGAAAUCACAUGGUUACAAUAGCAUAAAAAUUAAAACACACGAAUUUUGAUAAAUUAGGAGGUAGUUUUGAACAAAGUGCACAUUUCAAGGACCAAAACGUAAUAAGUUAGUUUUGGUUGCAGUUAUUUCUUUUUUAUAUCAGUGAGCUGCGGCCAGCGGGGAGCGAGUGAUCACUCUCACAAUUUCCCUAACCCCUUACAAAACCCUACCGUCUUUGUCUCCAUCAUCAUCCCGUCGCGCGCUCUCGCCUCCAUGGCCCUCCAAUUCGGUCGUCUCCGACGAGCUGUGACCUCACUCUCCGCCGUCCAUCGCUCUCUCUCCUCUCCAAUCAUCCCCGCCGCACCAAUUCAAACUGGCCCUCGUCUGUUCCCCCGAACUUCCGCCGUGUCCGCGCCGCCUAAUUCCUCGCCCUCUCAAUCUCGCGGGUUUACGGGUUCGAGGGUGUCGCUGGCGCAGGAGAAGAAGUACAAGCUGUUCAAGGAAGGAGAAGAGAUGACAGAGGAUACCGUGCUCUUCGAAGGCUGUGACUUUAACCACUGGCUCAUCACCGUCGAUUUCCCCACGGAUCCUGUGCCGUCGGCCGAAGAGAUGGUUGCUACUUACGAGAGAAUUUGCGCUCAAGGACUCGGCAUCAGCAUCGAGGAGGCCAAGAAGAAAAUGUAUGCUUGUAGCACAACAACUUACCAGGGGUUUCAAGCUAUAAUGACCGAAGAGGAAUCCGAGAAAUUCAAUGGUCUGCCUGGUGUUGUUUUCGUUUUACCGGACUCGUAUAUUGAUCCUGCAAACAAAGAAUAUGGAGGAGACAAGUAUGAAAAUGGUGUGAUAACACACAGGCCUCCUCCAGUACAAUUUCAGAGGCAGGAUAGAUCACGAAUGCGCAGGAGAUAUGGUGAACAAGGUCCGCAAUAUCAACAAGGAGGAAAUUAUCGAUACAACCAACAAGGGCCUCCUCAAUACAACCAGCAGCAGGGCAACCCUCAAGUUCAGCAGCAGGGCAACCCUCAAUUUCAGCAGCAGGGGCAUCCUCCUCAAAAUUUCCCUCAACAACAGAACUAUCCUCUGCAGCAGGGUAACUCUCAAUUUCAUCAGCAACAAGGACCUCCCGUGCAAGGUGAUGGUAGAAACUAUGGACCUCCACAGAAUUUCCCGCCACAACAGAAUUAUCCUCGCACACCCGGUCAGAUGCCUGUGAACACCAGGGAUAGCCAAGGGCAGCAGGGUAAUUACUAUCCACCACCAGGGCAAGGUGGCUUCCAGGGUGGUGCUCAGACAAAUUAUGGCUCUCCUGGACAGAGGGAGUUUAGGGGAGAUAGUGGUAAUUAUUCAUCCGUUCCUAGUGGGAACUAUGGGCAAGGUGGAGCUGGUGGCGGGCGUGGCUAUCCAGGUGAAGCUCAAGGCUUCUCACAAAGGAACUCACAGGAAGGACAAAGAGACUUCAACAACCCUAUGGAUCAGUCAGGGACACAUCAAGUGCGAGAAAGAUAUUGAGUAUAUGAACCAGUGUUUCCUAUGAGUCGGGAAACAAGCGGGGGCCUCUGUAAAGCAUUUCUGUCCUUCAGUGUCUCGUUAGAGCAAAGAAAACGGUUCUCCUCUUGAACUUGGUGAAAAUUCUGCUUGCUACUUUUACCUUCUGUCAGACAGUUACUUGAGAGGGUUUUGGUACGAUUCCCUUCAAAUAUUUCCUACAAACCGUGCUUGCGAUUGUGGAUGAUGGUUCAUAACUACCGUUUUCUUUACUGUUUUGUAUAUCAUUUCUUCUUCUUUUCGACUUCCCUGCAUUUAGAUUUUACAUUGAUCCGAUGUCUAUUGUCUUAACCGUAAAAAAACAAUUAGAGUCAAUCUGGUGUAGGGAUGGCUAACCAGUUUUACUGUUCUAUUCGGUUAAUCCAACCGGAAACGGAACUGAAAUCCAUUUGGGAGUCGUUUGUUUUAAGCCGUAACCUAACUGGUGAGAGGAAGGAAGAAGCACGGUUGGCGCCUUGGCGGCGGUGAGAGGAAGGAAGAGAGAUAAAAAUCGAUUUGGGUAUAGGAUUCCGCCAGUUUGGUUUCGGUUGUGGGUUUGAUUCAAUAUGCAUCAUAUAUUUUUCUAUACAUUUAACUGACAUGGCAAGCUGAUGUGUUAAUAUGAACGUUGAUAUGGUAGGAGUUAGAGAGAAUGACAAUUUGGUUAGUUAACGAAAACAUAAGUUACUAACUCGUUAAAAAUCAAACGUAUGUUACCAU